AUGCCAUAUUUUCCUUUCUGGAUUUGGGUCGCCAUUAUUACUACGGUAGCCGAUGCCGGGAAGAUUCUAGUCUACAGUCCAUCGAUCAGUUAUAGUCAUCUGAUCUCGAAUGGCAGAAUUGCCGAUGCUUUAGUGAAAGCUGGACACGAUGUGGUCAUGUUCAUUCCGGAGUACCUGCCUUUAUCAUCAGAGUUCAAUGGAACGAAAUCAGCGAAGGUUAUUCGCAUGAACAAUAUCAGUUCACUGUAUGAGGACGACAUGGUUGGGCUCGACAGCUUGCUCAUGCGACAGGCUCGUUUGAGUUUCGGCGACAGAGUGCAGUAUGAGUACACACUUGUUGCGAUGUGCAGGGAGUUGAUGGCUCGUCGCGAGGAGCUGGAGCAGCUCAGAACGUACGGAUUCGAUGCAGCUUUUGCGGAGCAGAUCGAUCUUUGUGGAAUCGGUGUAAUUAGAUAUCUUGGAAUUAGAAACUUGCUAUGGAUCUCAACCACUCCACUCAUGGAUGCAGUGAGCUAUAACCUAGGUAUUCCGGCACCACCUUCUUAUGUGCCGACGAUAGAAGAAAAUGACAAUGGGGACACGAUGAACUUCUGGCAGAGAGCUUAUAAUGUGUAUAUGUAUAUUGGUACCAUAUUAACUCACCGUAUAGGCACUGAUAUGACAACGGAGGUUUUUCGAGAACUCGAUCCGUCUUUUCCAAAUGUCCGAGAGAUUGCAGCCAAUGCAAGUCUAUGUUUCGUGAACGCUGAUGAAAUGUUCGACUUACCACGACCUAUCAUACAUAAAGCCAUAUACAUCGGCGGUUUAGGGAUUAACGAACCAAAACCGCUCGACAAGAAGUUUUCCGCUCUCAUGGAGAAAGGCAACAAGGGUGUCAUUAUCGUCUCCUUAGGCACGAUCGCUCCAUUCCAUGCUUUUCCCGAUGCUACCAAAGCAGCAUUCGCUUCAGUGUUCAGGUCGAUGUCUGACUACCAUUUCAUUUUGAAAAUCACAAAAGAUGACACUACAACCCAGGCCUUCUUGAAGGACGUUAGUAAUUGUGACCUGAUCGAGUGGCUGCCGCAGAGCGACAUUUUAGGGCAUCCAAGACUGCGAUUAUUCGUAACGCAUGGUGGCAUAAAUGGUCUGAUGGAGGCGCUGUUGAGAGCAGUACCGGUUGUGGUCAUCCCAAUAUUUGCCGAUCAGUUUCGAAAUGGACGAAACGCCGAGAAACGAGGAGUAGGAAAGGUUGUGUUAAAACUGAACUUGAAUGAGAAAACUAUAAAGGCAGCAAUGGAAGAAGUUCUCUAUCACGACAGUUAUAAGCAGAACGCUAUUCGUCUGUCAAAGCUAAUGUCGGAGAAGCCGUUCUCUGCUGAAGGAGCGGCUCAUUCGAUGGACGAGUUUUGCUGUUGA